UUUCAUUUCCUCAAACGCACUUCACCAAAGGGGUUUAGCAGUCUUUGGAAAUCUCUAAACCCUAACGCCAUGAGCCCUAUCUAUUCCACCGCCGUUAACCCCACCGCCUCCCGCCUCCCGCUCCUCAAUCCCCACCGCCCUUCAUCCUCCAACCCUCUAUCUCCCCUCUCCCUCAAGUUUCCGCCUCGCCCGCUUCCCCACUUUUCUCUCCCCGCUAUCCGCGCUUCUCUCCCCACUCCCAACCCUAAUCGUCAAAACUCCGAUAAUUCUCCCAAAUUGUCCAAAUUGCAAACCCCCAACCCUCUCAAAAUUGCCUUGGCCACCACGGUCGCCGCCGCCGCGCUUUUCGUUUCUGGAACUUUUUUGUCCCGUAAACCCGCAAUCGCCGCCCCGAUUUCACCGCCUAAUGUAGAAACAGCUGAAAGGGAUUCCGUUGCUGAUGAAGAAAGGGAAAAAUCUACGGAAGAGCACUUAAUUUCCAACCCUGACGAUGUUGAGGCACUCAAGAGUUUGAUGGAAAUUAAGAUAAAGAGCAAAAAGAUUCCCGAAGCUAUUGAGAUUAUCGACAGAUUGGUGGAAGUCGAGCCGGAGGAAUUGGAGUGGCCGAUGAUGAAAUCUCAUCUGUUUGCCUACAAUGGCGAGUUUCCGCUAGCUAGAAAUGGCUUCAACGAGCUGGUGAAAAAGGAUCCCUUUUGCGUGGAGGCGUAUCACGGGCUUGUGACGGUGGCAUCGCAGGAGGAGUCGAGCCAGGAUUUGGUGGCUAUUGAGAGGAGGGUUGAAGAGGCGAUUACAUUGUGCAAGAAGGAAAAUAAGAAGACUGAUUUGAGGGAUUUCAAGCUGUUGCUUGCACAAAUUAGGGUGCUUGAUGGGAAAUAUGAAGAUGCAUUGAAAUUAUAUCAAGAGUUGGUGAAGGAGGAGCCGAGGGAUUUCAGGCCCUACCUUUGCCAGGGCAUAAUUUACACCUUGUUGAAGAAAAAUGGUGAGGCUGAGAAAUGUUUUGAGAAAUAUAGGAGAUUGAUUCCUAAAGGGCACCCUUACGCCAGCUAUUUCGAUGACAAUAUGUUUGCUACUAAGCUUUUCGCGCAGAAGGUGGAGAAUGAGAGAGCUAUGGCGAAUAAUUAGUGUUUUCUUUUGUAGCAGGAGGACAAGUGUUGCUGAUGAAGGUGUGAUUGAUAUGUAGCUUUUUGUUUAUUUUCAAAUGAUUUCUGCAAUGUCGUAGAUAAUGGAUGAAUAAGGGAUUGCAUAUCUUCUUAUAUCAUAGAUUGUUGGAAUUUGAUGGUA